CAUUAGAGAUUGUGCAAGUCUUCUCCAUUCCUAGCCCACAUGCAGAAACCCCUUUUUAUACAUCACGAAUCGCAUCUUCUCUUCUCUCAUACAAACAAAUUAGUAACAGUCUGAAAAAGAACAAGAAGAAAUGUCGUUAAGUCGACUCAUUUCAAUUUACGUACUCAUCUCUCUCAUCUUCCCCAGCUUCGUUUAUCCUCAAAAGUUAGCCAGAGAUGAAGUGGACGUUUUAAGAGCCGUAGCGAAGGGCUUACAACAAAAUAAGUGGAAUUUCAGUGUGGAUCCAUGCGAUGUCACUUCGACCGUAGGAGGUUGGAGAAAUCCCAACGCCGGCAAGGGCUUCGAAGACGGCGUUACCUGUAACUGCUCUUCCUCCGUUUGCCACGUCACCAGCAUAGUUCUAAAGACACAAAACCUUCAAGGAUCUCUUCCUAGAGAGUUUGCAGGACUUCCUUUUCUUGAGGAGAUUGAUCUGUCUAGAAACUAUCUCAGCGGUUCCAUUCCUCCCGAAUGGGGAGCUUUGCCACUUGUAAACGUUUCACUGCUUGGGAAUCGGAUAAGUGGUCCAAUCCCAAAAGAGAUUGGAAACAUUACAACCCUUAAUAACCUUAUCUUGGAACUUAACCAGAUUUCAGGGAAAAUACCUCAAGAACUCGGGAAUUUACCAAACAUUGAAAGAAUCUUUCUUAGCUCGAACUAUCUGAGCGGAGGCAUCCCAAGUACAUUCUCCAAACUUACAACAUUGACUGAUUUCCGUAUAAGUGACAACCAGUUCAUCGGUACCAUUCCAGAUUUCAUCCAGAAUUGGACAUAUCUUGAAAAUCUAGCCAUUCAAGCAAGUGGUUUUGUCGGACCGAUUCCUAAUACCAUAAGUUCUCUCAAGAAGUUACGAAACUUGAGAAUCAGUGAAUUGGGCGGACCAGGAUCUCCAUUUCCGCCACUACAAAACAUGACAUCGAUAAAGACAUUGAUUCUUAGGAAUUGCAACCUUACAGGAGAGUUACCUGCGUAUCUUGGACUGCUCAUAACUUUAAAACUAUUAGAUCUUAGCUUUAAUAAACUAAGCGGGCCAAUUCCAGUAGAAUAUAGCGCUCUUUCCGACGCAGAUAACAUAUAUUUUACAAGUAACAUGUUAAAUGGGGAAGUACCAAUUUGGAUGGUAGACGUUGGAGAUAUGAUUGAUCUUAAUUACAAUAACUUUCCCAAUAAUCUAAGAACCGCAGAAUGUCAGAAGAAUGCUGUGAAUAUGUUUUCAAGCACAAACCCUUUGGUGGCAUAUACCUACUCAAACGUUUCUUGUCUGAGCAGCUAUAUAUGUCCCAAAACUUUCUAUGGCCUUCAUAUAAACUGUGGUGGCACUGAACUUACAAUCAAUGGGACUAAGUAUGAUGCUGAUACAUCGGAUGGAGCAGUCUUCUACGACAGUAGAAACGGUUGGGUUUCUAGCAACACCGGGAACUUCGUGGAUGAUGAUCGGUCUUUCAAAGGAGUAACCUUAUGGGCAAAUACGUCAGAACUUAAGAUAGCAGAUCCUAGUCUUUACACACAUGCCCGUCUCUCUGCCCUUUCGCUCAUAUACUACGCAUUUUGUCUUGGAGAAGGAAACUAUACUGUUGAUCUCCACUUUGCUGAAAUUAUGUUCAAUGGUGACCAAACAUUUAGCAGUUUGGGCAGACGGUUCUUUGACAUAUAUGUUCAGGGAAAACUUGCGGUUAAGGAUUUCAAUAUAGUAGAUGAGGCCAACGGUGCUGGAAGAGCUGUGGUUAAGAGUUUCCCGGUCAUGAUUAGAAAUGGUAAACUGGAGAUAAGAUUGUUCUGGGCUAGUAAAGGAACUCAAGUUGUUCCUGUGAGAGGUGUAUAUGGUUCUCUCAUAUCGGCUAUAUCUGUAAAUCAGAAUUUCCUUCCACAAAAGGAAGCUCGCACUGGAAGUGGAAAUGGUGGUGGAAGCUCUAUUGGCACAGUGGUUGGUGCUGUAGUCGUUUCAACGGUGUUUCUUGUGCUCUUAAUUGGCGGUAUCUUAUGGUGGAGAGGUUGCUUAAGACCCAAGAGUCAGAUGGAAAAAGAUUUCAAGAACUUGGAUUUCCAGAUAAGUUCCUUCUCGUUGAGGCAAAUUAAAGUUGCUACUGACAACUUUGAUCCAGCAAACAAGAUCGGAGAAGGUGGCUUCGGUCCUGUACACAAGGGAACGUUGACAGAUGGAACCGUAAUGGCGGUGAAGCAGCUAUCAUCGAAAUCAAAACAAGGGAACAGAGAGUUCUUGAACGAGAUUGCUAUGAUUUUUGCUCUACAGCAUCCACAUUUGGUUAAACUAUAUGGAUGUUGUGUCGAAGGUGACCAACUCUUGUUAGUUUAUGAGUACUUAGAAAACAACAGUCUCGCUCAAGCACUUUUCGGUCCUCAAGAGACUCAAAUAAGACUAGAUUGGCCAACUAGGCAGAAGAUUUGCGUUGGAAUAGCAAGAGGUCUAGCUUAUCUUCAUGAGGAAUCAAGACUCAAGAUUGUACACAGAGACAUCAAAGCCACUAAUAUCUUGCUGGACAAGGAACUAAAUCCAAAGAUUUCGGAUUUUGGUCUUGCUAAGCUUGAUGAAGAAGAAAACACACACAUCAGCACACGAAUAGCAGGAACAUACGGAUACAUGGCUCCAGAAUACGCCAUGAGAGGUCAUUUGACAGAUAAAGCAGAUGUCUACAGUUUCGGCGUCGUUGCUUUAGAAAUCGUUCAUGGAAGAAGCAACACAAUCAGACGUACCAUAGUUGAUACUUUCAACCUUCUUGACUGGGUACACGUUCUAAGGGAGCAAGACAAACUGAUGGAAGUAGUUGACCCGAGGCUUGGAACAGAUUACAACAGAGAAGAAGCAAUGACUAUGAUCCAGAUAGGGGUCCUCUGCACCAGUAAGGUUCCCUCGGAAAGACCGCCAAUGUCGACGGUGGUGAGUAUGCUCGAAGGAGACUCCACAUUGGAUGUUGGAAAGCUUCUUGAAGCUUCGUUAAACAGAGUCAACGAGAAAGACGAAGAGAGCAUGAGGGCAAUGAAGAAGCAUUACGCGUUGACGGAUCAGAAUAGCAGCACCGACGGAACAUUCACGUCGUCUUCUACGUCCUCGGCCAAGGCCAACGCCAGCGAUCUUUACCCUCUUAAGCUUGAUGCUGCUUAAUGGAACUCUAGAGUUUAGUUAUUUAUUAUGAUUUUGCAAAACAAAAUUAUAAUAAUUACAGAACAAAUAAUUAUCUCUCAUGUUUGCCGACAACAAAAAAUUGUAUGUUUUCCUUUUUUGUAAUUCUGGGUUAUAAGUACAUUUUAUAUAAGAC